AUGUCGCAGAAAGAAUUGAACGAAAUACGCAAGCGUCUCGCGGAAGCAGAACAACGAGAAAAGGAAGAACGACAGCGACGAGAAGAAGCAGAACGACGACAAGAGGUAGCGGAACAGAACUUGCGCCUAGAAAGACUACAGACUCAGAACACUACCCUACCUGAGUUCCUCACUGCGUGUCACGAACAUCUAUUUCUCGGUCUGGCUAUUCAGAAGGACAAGAAGUCAUCCACAAAGGGGGAUCCUGCAAAUGCGGACCGCAAACUGCGACCGAGCAGAAUCCAGGAAUGGACUGAUUUCCCAGACGAGCAGAUGGCAAUAUGGGAGGACCUCAUGGAUGCAGAUUUUGUUACCGAACGUCACUUUACACCGCUGCUGGCGUUGAGAGAAGCUGGGAAACAAAUAAGGAAAAGGAUGCACGGCUCAGAACUCGAUAUUGGACACUUUUUACGCGAGACCGCAGAGUCUCCUGUUGCCUCGAUCAUCGAAGAGCUCUACGCCAGUCCACAAAUACGGCGGAAAUUUCACCUCAAUGGAGACGUGACCUUUGAAAACCAUGCGAAUACAUUGACGGAUGAAUCCGGAAUUGUGACGGAUAUGCGCUCCUUAAGUCUGGCGACGGACAGACCUCGUCGUUCAGAACGUUUAGCUGCCAGACGGUCUCAGGAGUCCUCAAGAUCAAGUUCACGAACCACAAGACAAACAACUGCACAGCGACGACCUCCUCGGCCUCGAGCGGACCAGUUCUGCGUAUACAACCGCGGACCGGACAAGAAGGAGCCAGCUUUUGCCAUCGAAAAUAAGGCUCCACACAAAUUUUCUCUUGCCCAUAUCAAAGCCGGACUGCAGGACAUGGAACUUGACCGCAUUGUGCGGUACCAGAAAGACGAAUCGCCUGAAGAUAUCUGCCGUCGUGUGGUUGCCGCAGUUAUUACACAGGCCGCACACUACAUGUACGAAGGUGGAUACGAGUACGGCUGCGUUAGCACAGGUGAAGCAUUCAUAUUCCUUCGAGUACCCUAUGAGGAUCCUUCUACCGUACUUUAUUAUCUAUCAGUGCCGAAAGAAGAUGUUGGCGACACCACUGAUUGGGCCGGAGAUGUAAAUGGUGACAACCGGUUACAUUUGACAGCCGUAGGGCAGCUUUUAGCUUUCACCCUGCGAGCUUUGCGAACCUCCCCGCGAGAUAUCAAUUGGAGAAACUGGGCAAUGAGCCAACUGAAGAUGUGGGAAAUGGUAUAUGAUGAUCUACUGGAGGAGAUCGAGGAGAAGCACAUUCCUGCUUCUGAGUACAAACCACCACUAAGCAGAACAAAAUAUUGGCGCCAGUCUCCAGUAAAAACCAGGUCGACGGCUGCAAGGGUCAUAUCCUGUCAGCCAUCGCAAGGGUCACCAUUAUCAGAUCAUGAAGACGAUACCGAUGAUCCGCCGACCCCCAGUCGAGGGCCACGUGACUCUCACUUUCCUCAACGUCAAACCACAACUGCCACGGUCCGAAAUUCUAGCAGGUCACAACAUUCGGCUUCCUCGAAAGGCAAAGCUCGAAAGUAUUGUUCUCAAAAGUGCCUUAGUGGCCUGCGUGGGAGAGGACUUCUGGAUAAACAAUGUCCUAAUGUCAUCGAGCAUGGAGUCGGCCGGCAUCGCUUGAACACGAAAAUGCUUAUCAAUUUGUUGGAUCGACAGCUCUCUAGGGACCCGGACCCUAACGAAGAGCUCGGAUGCGAAUCACUCCAUGUACACGGCACACGCGGGGCUCUUUUCAAGAUCACCCUCUGGUCGCAUGGGUAUACCUUUGUUGGGAAAGGUGUUCCAAUCGACUUCAUCGAGUGUGCCAAGCGGGAGGAGAUGAUGUACUCCCAUCUCCGUGCAAUUCAAGGACAGUUCGUCCCAAUAGUCCUCGGUGGUCUCGAUAUUCGUCGACCAUUUUCAUAUGAUGGGAUCGCAAAAAUGGUCCGUUUGACUCUGAUGAGCUAUGCUGGAAGAAAUCUGGCGAACCAUCAUGAAAUCGAUCAGACUCUGGUCAUUGCGCAAGCUGAGACAUCAUUACGUGCAAUUCAUGACCUUGGUGUCCUUCACGGCGACCCAAUCCCGGGCAACAUGACCUUGAAUGAAGAAAACAAGCAGGUAAUGUUCAUUGAUUUCGAACGAGCCCAAUAUCAAAAACGAAUACCCCUGGGCUCUAUUUCCGCCAAUCGAAAACGUAGGCGAGGGACCAGCGACUGGGAUAAAAGUCCAAAUAAGCGAUCCGAUUUCUUUCAGAGGGAAUUGUCACCCAUGCCGGAUAAGGCUAGUCAAUUUCAUCUGGAAGCGUCCCUGGUAGAGUCAUUUCUGAUGUUUUACUACGUAGUGCUCAUUACCGAAAUCGCUUCGUCAAGGGAUUAA